AUUUUGACAUUCGAAACAAAGAGCCCUACAGAAUUAGCAGAACGCUUGCGAGCAGUGUGUGGAAAUCAAAGCAACGCUUAUGCACGCUUACUUGAAUAUCGCCUAAACGCCUUGCGUGGAUUGUGGAAUGCACAGCGCCAGUUGGCUUUGGAAGAACAACAUGAGCGGGAGGGCUCCGAUGAGGAAACCUUGGCAUUACUUAAGCGACAAGGCCUGCUACAGCAACCAGAACAGGCUCCAUUUACAUCUCGAAUGGGACUUUUGUUGGUAUUUCCCCUUAUUCAGUCUCAAAGUAAAACAGACCCCUCACUUUGUAACAUAACAGCUGAGGUGCUAUUAAAUUGCCUUCGGGACUGUCAGCCUUUGAGCCUCACUAAAGAACCAGCUGACUGCUUGAAUGGAAUAGAGGCUUUGCUUUGCUCUUGGCUGGAAGACGCUUCUACUUUGGAACAGCAAGCCUCUUUCAAGCAAAAAGAAAACUCUGCUGCUGCCCUGGUUGCCUUGGCAUGUGCCAGGGGAUCAUUAAAAACCUUCAUUCACACUGUACAUUUGCUGCAGAAACAGACAGACUUGGGAUCUCUGCCUGUGGCAGAUGUACUCUAUAGGUUGCUGCUGCUGGAAGGAGGGCCAGGAUCUCCCUCUUGUUUACUGGGAAGCAAGCACAUUGUAUCCUGGGGUUUCGAGGAUAUGCUUCCAGCUCCUGAUGGGACCAGUGGUGCAAAUAAUGAAAACAAAGAUGCAGAUUUGGGUCGCUGCUUGGCCUCAGAUGGGCUUUACUUAUACACAACUAACUCUGUGGGGAGAGGGUUAAGCAAGCUGGGGUCAGGACUUCACGGCACUUUACGAGGUUUUGUCUACUGUCGAAAUGAAGAGUUGGAGGCUGGCUGGAUCGCUUAUGGAAAUGGGAAGCUUCUUCAUCGGCCAGCAUCUUUCGAUAACAAACCUCAUUUCCUUUUCCAAAUAAUUGACCAGUACACCCUUCAGAUCGCUCAGAUAAUCACCAUGCCAGCCAAUCAUUUUCCUGUUGGUAGCAACAUGACCACCGUGCACCUAUCUUCUGAUGGCACCUACUUUUAUUGGAUUUGGUCUCCAGCAAGUCUAAAUGAGAAGACACCUAAGGGUCACUCUGUUUUCAUGGAUAUCUUUGAAUUAAAUGGAGAAAAUGGAGUGCACAUGGCG